UUCUCCAUCUUUGUUCGAGAGUUUGUUUAAGAAUUUUCCUUCGAAAACGCUUUUUCUGUUUCUGUUUUUGCUGUAAUUUGACCGAGAUCAUGGCGAAGAAUAUUCUGGUGACCGGCGGUGCUGGCUAUAUCGGCAGCCACACCGUGCUGCAGUUGCUGAGGGGAGGUUACAGGACGGUGGUGGUUGAUAAUCUGGAUAACUCUUCGGAUGUCGCCCUCAAAAGAGUUGAAGAACUUGCCGGCGAAUUUGGCAAUAACCUUUCCUUUCACCAGGUGGAUCUUCGUGACAAAGCAGCUCUUGAAAAAAUUUUUGCUGAAACAAAGUUUGAUGCUGUAAUACACUUUGCUGGACUUAAAGCAGUUGGGGAAAGUGUACAGAAACCUUUGCUGUAUUAUAACAACAAUUUGAUUGGAACAAUUACCCUGUUGGAAGUUAUGGCUGCUCAUGGAUGCAAAAAUCUUGUCUUUUCAUCAUCUGCCACGGUCUAUGGUUGGCCAAAAGAGGUCCCUUGUACAGAAGAGUUUCCUCUAUCUGCAGCUAAUCCAUAUGGACGGACCAAGCUGUUCAUUGAAGAAAUAUGUCGUGAUAUCCACCGCUCAGAUUCUGAAUGGAAGAUUAUACUACUAAGAUACUUUAAUCCUGUUGGUGCACAUCCCAGUGGCCAUAUUGGUGAGGAUCCCCGUGGAAUUCCAAACAAUCUGAUGCCUUUUGUACAACAAGUGGCUGUUGGUAGGCGCCCAGCCUUGACUGUAUUUGGAAAUGAUUAUUCAACAAAAGAUGGUACCGGGGUGCGUGAUUACAUCCACGUUGUUGACUUGGCAGAUGGGCACAUAGCUGCACUGUGUAAAUUAUCUGACCCAAAAAUAGGUUGUGAGGUGUAUAACUUAGGAACAGGGAAAGGAACAUCAGUUUUGGAAAUGGUUGCAGCAUUUGAAAAGGCAUCUGGAAAGGAAAUUCCCCUCGUAAUGGCUGGGAGGAGACCUGGUGAUGCUGAAAUUGUCUACGCUUCAACAGAGAAGGCAGCGCGUGAAUUGAAUUGGAAGGCAAAAUAUGGCAUUGAGGAGAUGUGUAGGGAUCAAUGGAACUGGGCCAGCAAGAACCCCUAUGGAUAUGGAUCUCCAGAGACGACAAAAUAAGAGACGCUAACCUGUCAUCAUUUUUUCCUCCAUUAUUAACUUGACUAUUAUUCCCAACUUAGGUUUAUUUUCUUUAAUUUUCAUUUUAAAGCUGAUGAUCAUUGAGCUGUCACCAUUAGAGAAUAAACGGCCAUUUCACAUUGGCUUGAUGUAAACUACUUUAUGUUCCUAUUAGGAGGCCCUUCUACGGGACACCAGUACCUGUGUGGCGACCGAUAAGGGUCUAGACCUUUUUUCUUAAUGUAUAUUUUUCAGUUACCUUUGUAACAUUCAUUCACUGCAUGGGAUCUAUUUUGAAAUGGAAUAACAAAUUAUAAUGAUA